GCGGCGUCUGAAGCCAAGUUUCAGCGCAGGAGGCUGCUGCGAGCCAGCGGCUGGUGCAGACUUCGCAGCACCGGCUUGGCCAUGGGACACCUGUGGCUCUCGGGGACCUGGUUUCUCUUGGGGCUGUGUCGGUGUGCAGCAGACGCCAGCAAAGAUGGCUCUGAGACAGUCCCCAAAGUGACAGAAGUUAUUCCUAAAUACGGCAGCAUAAAUGGAGCAACAAGACUGACUAUCAAGGGAGAAGGCUUUUCUCAAGCAAAUCAGUUCAACUAUGGAGCCGACAGUACUGAAUUGGGAAACCAUGUGCAAUUAGUUUCGUCUUUCCAGUCAAUUACUUGUGAUGUGGAGAAAGAUUCAAGCCACUCAACUCAAAUUACAUGCUAUACUAGAGCAAUGCCAGAAGAUACCUACACCGUCAGAGUCAGUGUGGAUGGGGUGCCCAUUGCAGAAAACAACACCUGCAGAGGACUGGCCAGCAGCCGAGCCUGCAGCUUCAGUGCAAAAGGUUUUAGAACCCCAACAAUAAGAAGCAUCACACCUUUAUCUGGGACUCCAGGAACGUUAAUAACUAUUCAAGGCCGGCUCUUCACGGAUGUCUAUGGCAGUAAUAUUGCACUGAGCUCAAAUGGAAGAAAUGUUAGGAUUUUGAGAACCUAUAUUGGAGGAAUGCCAUGUGAACUCCUUCUGCCACAUUCUGAUGAUUUGUAUGGUCUAAAACUCGAUCAUCCCAGUGGAGAUACAGGGUCUGUGAUAUGUAAGACAACAGGGACUUACAUUGGUCAUCACAAUGUCAGCUUCAUCUUAGAUAGUGAUUACGGAAGGAGUUUCCCAGAGAAAAUGACAUAUUUUGUUUCAUCUCUCAAUAAAAUUUCAAUGUUUCAGACAUAUGCAGAGGUCACAACAAUCUCCCCUUCAAAAGGCGGCACUCAAGGAGGCGCCGUUCUGACGAUCCACGGGCGGUUCUUUGAUCAGACCGAUCUCCCAGUGAGAGUUCUAAUUGGAGGUCAAGCCUGUGAUAUUUUGAAUGUCACAGAAAAUAGUAUACAUUGCAAGACUCCUCCCAAACCUACAAGCCUCAAAACACUCUAUCCAGGUGGAAGAGGCCUAAAGAUGGAGGUUUGGAAUAAUAGCCGGCCAGUACAUCUUGAAGAGAUUCUUGAAUACAGUGAACGUACCCCCGGGUACCUGGGUGCCAGUUGGAUAGAUUCUGCUUCCUAUGUUUGGCCCAUGGAUCAAGAUACAUUUGUUGCACGUAUCAGUGGAUUUUUGGUGCCUCCAGAUUCUGAUGUUUAUAGAUUUUAUAUCAAAGGUGAUGACCGCUAUGCUAUUUAUUUCAGCCAGACCGGACACCCAGAGGAUAAGGUGAAGAUUGCAUAUCACUCAGCCAAUGCCAACAGUUAUUUUUCAAGUUCAACACAAAAAUCAGACGAGAUUCAUCUUCAGAAAGGAAAAGCAUAUUACAUUGAAAUCUUGCUGCAAGAGUAUAGACUGAGUGCUUUUGUUGAUGUUGGACUAUACCAAUAUAAGAAUGUCUUCACUGAACAGCAGACAGGAGACGCAGUAAAUGAAGAACAAGUCAUUAAGUCUCAGUCAACAGUCAUCCCGGAAGUACAGAUUAUAACCUUGGAAAACUGGGAGACAACUAAUGCUACAAAUGAAGUUCAGCAGGUUGCAGUCACCAGCCCAUGUGUGGGAACUAACUCAUGCUCACGUUCCCAAUACAGAUUCAUCUACAACAUGGAAAAGACUGUCUGGCUACCUGCUGAUGCUUCUGACUUCAUGUUGCAGUCAGCUUUAAAUGACCUUUGGUCUAUAAAACCAGAUUCAGUGCAAGUGACCAGCAGGAGGGAUCUUCAGACCUUUAUCUACACAAUAACCUUUGUGUCAACUAGAGUUUCAGGCAGCUGUGGAAGAGAUGGUGAGCGCCAAGUGUCCACCAGAAAUCUCACAUCUGGAAGAAGGAUAUCUAGUAAAAUACUUCAGAGACUACGAAACUGAUUUUGAACUGGAUCAUAUUAAUAGAGGGCAGAAGACGGCCGAGACAGACGCUUAAUGUGGCCGCUACUCCCUGAAAAACCCAGCUGUCCUUUUUGACUCAGCAGAUGUUAAGCCAAACAAAUUACCAUAUGGAGAUAUUUUAUUAUUUCC